AUGGAUCCUUCACAAAAUUAUUCUAAUUUCUCCUACAACUUUCCUAACCAGCCUCAAAAUACCAACCCUCAAAAUCCAAAUAUGCAAGCCCCGGAAAUUACUCAAAAUGCUGGUAUGCAACCCAAUUUUCAAAUGCCGUAUAUGAUGCCACCAAAUUUUGGCAUGCAAUACCCUUAUCUUCCUUACGGUUAUCAUCCAGCUGCGGGAAGCAGCUAUGUUCCAUCCCAUAUGAAUUUCCCUACCACGGAGUCGAUUGAGCCACCGACACCCCGGUUCAGUAGCGGAUCUACAGAAAUCCCGGAGUUUUCCACCCAGAUCUCUUUGGGAAAUGUUGGUGGGGAUACUCCUCAUAGUUUUCUACCUCCAACCCAACAACCAACAAAGAGAUCAAGUUACGAUAGUUGGAGCACAGAAGACAACAUAAUUCAAGUUACGAUAGUAGCAGCUGAUGCUUGUGAUGAGUACGUGAAGAUAGGAGAAUCUACUGCGGUUGAGUGUACUCAGAGGUUUUGCGAAGGGGUAAUAGCCUUGCGUCAUAUGAUUUGUGGAUAUGGCAUGCUUUUUUUGGGCUUCCUGGUAGUUUGA